AUGGGAGCUACCAGAACACUCCACCCUGAGCUGCAGAUCUUCAUUAGUUUACUGGCUCUUUUAGCAGAAGGAUGGCAUGAUUUGGAUAACACGGAUUAUGAUUGCUGGCCCUUGGAGAAACCGGAUGAGUAUAACAUGCUGGAUUGUGGAGGUCUAGAGAUGGCUUGGGUCCAUAGGCCUCCAGAAAAGAUAAUAAGUGGAGAAUCCUUUGAUGUCAUCUACUCUGUCUUUGCUUCUGAUUACUUCUACCAUUAUGCUGUGGAAAACGGGAUCUUCUCCCACAGUGAUGCAAAGGAUGCUAAGAAGUUUUGUGAGGAACAGGAAUGUCCUCCCAACUGGAAAGAAGCUAAUGGAGAAAACUGUUGUGUUCAUCAUGCGAACAUUCAUUCCUGUCCAUUGGCUUUCAUGGCAAAUGGAGGCAUAUGUGGACCAUGGAUCCCAGAUGAUGGUCAGAUAUUUACACAUACAGUGUCUACUGCAGGCAAAAUGACACAGACAAACUGGACUGCUAAGGUGGUCCUGGUACAUGUGGGUGUGACGUCUCUCAUUGCCCAUGUCAGAGUGGGAAAAAUGCAGGCUGCUUUAGAGGCCCAAACAAUAGUGUUCCCUGCAGUAGUCUGUGGCGAUGACAUUUGCGAAGAUGAUGAAAGCUGUUCCAUAUGCCCAGCUGAUUGUGGGGAAUGUCCUUUGACAACUGAAAUCAAGAUAGUCAUUGCUCUACCAAUAUGUUUAGUCUGCACUGGUUCCAUUUUAACAAUCUUGUGGUUUCAGUACCAAAAACAAAAAAUGUUUUGGGAUGAAAGCUGGAUUAUAGAUUACAGCUGUAUCAAGCAAGACCGUUUUCCAAGAAUUUCCACGGGGAGUGCCUUGAGUAUCCCACAUGCACCCAGCAUCUCCAACACCAGUUGUCUCACGGGGUUGAGCUCAUCUACAGCCCCUACCAAUGCUUCCAAGGUGAACUGCUUCUCGCCCUCUGGAAUCUAUGAUGGCAGAACAGUUGCCAUCAAAAAAAUAAUGAAAAAGACAUUUACCCUUACCAAGACCAUACGUAAAGAAGUCAAGCAAGUUAGACAAUUAGAUCAUCCAAACAUUUGCAAAUUUAUUGGAGGCUGCAUUGAGGUACCAAAUAUUGCCAUAAUAACAGAAUAUUGCCCUAAAGGAAGUUUGAAUGAUGUGCUGCUUAAUGAAAACAUUCCUUUAAACUGGGGCUUCAGACUUUCUUUUGCCACUGAUAUUGCCCAAGGAAUGGCAUAUCUUCACCAUCAUCGAAUUUAUCAUGGACAACUGAAAUCAAAGAACUGUGUUAUUGAUGAUCGCUGGGUCUGUAAGAUUUCAGACUAUGGUUUGCAAUCCUACAGAAAAGAGGAUUCAGGGAUGAAUUCCAGUAUUGCCCAUCAAGUAUAUUUGGCUCCCGAAGCUCAUUCCAUGCCAAACUUUGAACCAACCCCUGCUGCAGAUGUAUAUAGCUAUGCUAUCAUUCUUUUAGAAAUAGCAACAAGAAGUGAUCCAUCACUGGAUGAUACACAUUCAGAAAAAUAUUCCUUGUGCCUCCCUUUGGCAGAACUAAUAUCUGAAAAGUCUGAAAAUGCUUGUCCAUGUGCCACAGAAUAUAUAGAGCUCAUCAGAAAAUGUAGAAAAGGCAAUCCAUCACAAAGACUUACUUUUGAGCAAGUCAAGAAAUUGUUAUGUAAAAUGAACCCAAACAAAGUUAGUCCAGUUGACAUGAUGAUGACUUUGCUGGCCUCUGCAUCUCAAAGUAUGUUACCAAAACAGGUUGCAGAUGAUUUAAGGCAGGGGAAACCAUCACAGGCCCAAAGUUAUGUAAAUUCCACUAUAUUUUUCAGUGACAUUGUUGGCUUCACGCAGCUCUCCAGCACCAGUACACCUUACCAGGUUGUGGACUUUUUAAACAAACUCUACACCACUUUUGAUGAAAUCAUAGAUAAUUAUGAUGUCUACAAAGUUGAAACUAUAGGAGAUGCCUACAUGGUAGUAUCAGGAGUGCCAAGAGAGAAUGGCAUUCAUCAUGCAAGUGAAAUUGCAAGCAUGGCUCUGGAGCUUGUUUUGGUGUGCAAAACGUUUAAGAUUCCACAUAAGCCUGAGACCCAGCUUAAAAUUCGAGCAGGAAUCCACUCAGGUCCAGUUGUGGCAGGAAUUGUUGGAACCAAAAUGCCACGGUAUUGUCUAUUUGGGGACACAGUCAACACAGCCUCCAGGAUGGAAUCUACCAGUGAAGCUCUCAAAAUACAAUGCAGUUCAAGCACAUACCAGCUGCUGCAACAGAUUGGAGAGUAUAUAUUGGUGUGCCGGGGGAAUUUGCAAAUCAAGGGAAAAGGUGAUAUGGUAACAUAUUGGCUGGAAGGAAAAAAGUCUCGAAUAAUUCAGAAGAAGGGAUUAAGCCCAUCUGCAACCUCUGAAGCUAUUAACCAGAGUGGUUUUGGUAUCAUUCCUGGUGUUGUAUAG